UCCGCCGGCAACAGUACAGCGACAAAAACAGUGACGUUAGACGAGCAGUCAAUCAUCAAUCUGGAUCGGUUUGUGGACAAUGGACACUUGAAUUGGCAGGCUCCUGCAGGCAACGGAAACUGGAAGAUAUUUUCAUUCUGGGAGGGCUUUACAAACCAAGUUUCGUGCACUGGGGGCCUCAAUGGAACAACAACAAUUGAGAAUGGCUCUUUGGUGGUAGACCAUUUUAGCGAAGCAGGAGCGAGAUUACACACCGACUUCUUUGAUAAUCAUGUUCUCGUGGAGAGCACCAUCAACGAGGGUCUGAGGACCAACGGCGCUUAUGCCUGGGAGGACAGCAUGGAGUUAUUGUUUGCUCUUCCCUGGACACGAGGAUUCCUCGCUCGAUUUGAGACGACCCAUGGAUAUAGUCUAGUCAAGUACCUACCCCUUCUUUUUGGCCAAGCCAACUCCUGGGGAGAGCAGUUCCCCCCAUAUCCAGAAGAAUACGAGUAUGGAGAGUAUUAUACCGAUGGGCUUAGCAUUCACAACGCAAAUUACCGAGAGACACUGAGUGAAUGCUAUCAGGAAUACCUACAUUCCCAUGUACAGUGGUCCAAAUCGCACGGAAUAGGCUUUUCGGCCCAGCCAUCAUACAAUCUACCCUUGAGCUUCGCGAACGAAAUUGCGGCUGUUGAUGGUCCGGAGGGCGAGUCACUAACAUUCGGCGAUCGCCUGGAUGCCUAUCGGAGCCUUUCAGGACCAGCGCAGCUUGCAGGCAAAGCCGAUAUCUCCUCUGAGGUUGGGGCCGUGUCCAUCCCUGCAUUUAGUCAGACUAUUCCGGACCUGCUUCUGUCUAUUAAGAAGUCUUACGCUGCUGGCUUGACAAUGAUGGUUAUUCAUGGCAUGUCAUACAGUGGCCCAUACGUGGGGACAUCCUGGCCUGGGUAUCAGCCGUUCGCGUAUAGAUUCACCGAGACGUGGAGCCGUGUCCAGCCCGCCUGGCAGCAUAUGAAGGAUACACUUGACUACUUGGGGAGAACACAACACAUUCUCAAAGCUGGGAAGCCCCGCAUUGACCUUGCGAUGUAUUACUCUCCUAGCCGAUGGAGUAGUAACAAAUUCUAUGACUCCGAAGCUCUUCAACAACAAGGAUACGCAUACAAUUUCAUUGGCCCUCAAAAUCUGCAACUCCCUGAUGUGUCUGUUUCUGAUGGACUUCUUGCGCCCAAUGGGCCCGGGUACCAAGCAUUGAUAUUUUUGAAUGGUACAAGAAUCAACGAUAAAGUCCUGUCCAAGGUCAAGGAGUUCAGCCGUGCCGGGCUACCAGUUUUCUUUAUCGGUGAUGUCGAGUCCUUGCCACUAUUAUCACAACCGAGUGAAACCGAAAAUGCUACUGAUAUGGUGAAGGAGCUGAUUAAAAACAGUGACAAUAUCCACCAUGUUACUACAAAUGAUGAGCUCCUGGAAGGUCUAGAAAGGGCAGAGAUCAGACCGCGCGUGCAAAUUAACGCAGUCAAAAGCUCCGUUCUGAGCGUCUAUCGCACAGAGCCCGAGUCAGGAAUCGACUACAUUUGGCUUUUCAAUGACGCGGCCGCCACAAUCAACUUUACCGCAGACUUUCGAAUUCGUGGAGAUCGUUUACCAUUUUAUCUAAAUGCAUGGACUGGGACGUCAUGCCCUAUCGCAAGAUACUCAUUCUCGGAUAGUCGGCUGCGGAUUCCGCUAACACUGCAACCCUAUGAGACAACUAUCAUAGCGUUGAAACCCUUGACGAGUAAAAGGCCGCCCUGGGUCGCUUAUAGCACAGGUCAGGUUGAGAGAGUCUGGUACAACAGAGAUGGGAAGCUCUUCGCUAGCCUUAGAGGACCAGCUGUAGUCACGAUCAAUGGUACCAAAAAGAAAACGCUCAGCGCAGUCGUCCCAUCCCCUACGGAACUCAAGCACUGGGACCUCGAAAUCCACGACUGGAGGGCCAUUCCGAACGAUACAAGAACAAUUGAACCGUUGAUAGUUGUCCACAAAUUCGUCAACCAAUCCCUGCUACCUUGGAAGAACAUAAGCCACGAGCUGGCAGCCGUGAGUGGUAUCGGCAUAUACUCCGCCAAGUUCGCGGUCCCCAACAUCAGUGGGAUUGGCGGGUUGCUGUCAGUGGGUCCAAUCUUUAAUACUCUCCGCGCCUGGGUGAACGGUCACCAGCUGGACCCAUUUGGUGCGGACGGUGUCAAGGUGGAUAUUACCCCUUAUAUUCGCCAUGGGGAGAAUAAUACCGUUAGGAUUGAGGUGUCCACAACACUAUACAACCGACUUAAGGCUGAUGUGGAUACAAUCCUGCAGAUGGGCGCUCCGCUGUCCGUGUUGGCUCCAACUUAUGCGGAUGGCGAAAGCCAGGCAUACGGUCUAUUGGGGCCAGUUUUUAUUGACUGGCUUGUGAACAAGAUCAUCAAUUAA